CAAGCACAAGACCCACCCUAAAUUCGAAUUAACCUAACAAGGCGAUGCUCAUGGCGGGGAAACGUUGCCCAUUUUUCUUCGCUUCGGCUGUCAUUCAAAACCGCAAAUUUCCUCCCGCCAUCCCCUCUCCGGUCAACGCUUUCCACUCUCUCUUCCCCUCGACCAUUCGACAUCUUCUUGGGCGUCGUAUCUCCGUUUUUUUUUCCUUCCGACUGACCAGUAUCCUUUCCGAAUUUCUUUCAAGAUGGCGGAAGAGGACCAUGCCUUCGACCAGGAUGCCGCCGGUGAAUCCGGUGCCUCCAAGACCUUCCCCAUGCAGUGCUCUGCCCUACGGAAGAACGGUCACGUUGUGAUUAAGGGCCGCCCCUGCAAGAUUGUCGACAUGUCGACCUCAAAGACUGGCAAGCACGGUCACGCUAAGGUCCAUCUUGUCGCCAUCGACAUUUUUACUGGCAAGAAGCUCGAGGAUCUCUCCCCCUCGACCCACAACAUGGACGUUCCCCACGUCAAACGCAACGAAUACCAGCUGGUGAACAUCGACGACGGCUUCCUCAACCUGAUGGACUCGGACAACAACGCCAAGGAUGAUGUCAAGGUGCCCGAUAACGACUUGGGUAAACAGAUUCAGGAGGGUUUCGAUGAGGGGAAGGACCUCCUUAUCACCAUCCAGGCCGCCAUGGGCGAGGAGGCCGCUAUUUCCGUCAAGGAAGGCGCCAAAUAAAGGGCUGUACCCUGAAUGGGAGGAAAGAGGAGAAGGGACCGGGGGGAUGGAGUGACCCGAUUCCGCCUCGGCGGUAGCAAUAUGAUAUAUGUUCUCGCUAAGCUUUCUUUAGCCGACUGAGAUAUAUCGGUUGAUGUCUUUGGGCUGUUCUGGGAAUUAUCGUGUCGUCUGGUUGCCUGGGAGUCUACCACGGCACCCUGUGCCCAUCACAAGACGACAGUCUUGUGCCAUUGUAUGGUAUGGAACUAACGUCUUCUUGCUUGGGCGCAGCGCCUUUUCGUGCUGAGACAAUCCUGGCGAAUCCCAGAUGUAGCCUUGUGGCUGCAAGGACAUCGCCUGAAUAGAAUCAAACACACCCUGGCUCACCACCAUGCCGAUGACCGAUGAACCAUAUGAACCAUAUGAACCAUAGCUAUUUUGAGUAAACUUUAUAUGAUUGCCGACUGGGAAAGGAUGCUAGAAAAGAGCAAAGAGCCG